CCCGUCGUAGUGCGCACCUACUCGGGCUCGCGCCACACUUCGCGCUCGCCGUCCGGUCUCCGCUCGCCCCGCUAUCCCACCAUGGGUGGCCAUUCACCCCAGCACCCCUCCGCCUUGUCGGCCGGCCUGGCAGCCAGGAGCGAGCAGCUUCCUUCUGUCGACGACUUCUCCUUCUCCGCCAUCCUCCGCGCCGUCGACCCCGAGAUCCGAGACGCCAUUGACGCCAUUGCGGAGAUAUGCGCGAGGAGCAGGAUGAGCCUCGCCGACGAGUACGACGCUCAUCUUCCCCCGCAAGGCGAGAUCACCAGCACGGGGCCCGGCUGGGCCUCGGGCAUGGGAGCCUUGGUCGGCAGAGGCCGGAUAUCACGAGCUGGUCAAGGGUGGUCUGCGGCGGAGAACACGCUAACGGCUGUGCCCGAAGCCAGCAGCUCAAGCGAGAGGCUGGCGGGAGAAGGUCCUAGCAAGAAGAGGAGUCAAUCCGCAUACGGUAGCUUGAAGAGUGUCAUCAGUGGAGGGAGCGGGAAGCGGAAAGCCGCCGACGACAAUGCGGAAGCAGGGCCCUCCACGCAGCCGAAAGAGCCAAAACUGCAAGGCCCUGCCUGGGCUGUCAACGCCUCCUCUCCAGACCACCCCGCCAUUACCCUCCUCGCCUCGCCUCAAGCCUCAAAACAGCUGUCUCUUGACACCUCUUCGACCAUAACAGACAUUCCGGAAGCCCCAGAGGGCGACAUAGUCCCACGACCCAAGACCGCGAUUCCCAGACACCCAUCUGCACACAGGCGUCAGACCUCCGUAGCCAGUCUCCCUGCACCGCGCCCACGCCCCAAUGCUCUUUCCUCCUUAACGUCCUGGCUGCCGUGGCCGCGACCUGCCCAUCUUGACUCGCAAUCCCAACAGGAACUCACAAAAGCGGAAGCACGGCUAAGAGAGAUGCUCGCCGUGUCCGAGCACUCGAAUCUCACCAAGGGGAAGGCCCCUGUGAGCGUCGCUUGA